AUGCAGUAGAAUCCUCGAAUAUUUUUUUAUAAAUUGUGUAUGGAACUAAUUACAUUUAAUAGUUUCUCAAUUACGAGAUAAAGGUCUUCAAAAAGAAGCUAUCGAAUUGUUAAAUCAAGCAAUAUAGUUGAAUUAAACUGAUAUAUACUUCUAUGGAUUAAAAUGUAUUUUAUUAAUGAAAGCUUAGGUAUAUAUUUAGAAUAGGUUGGUUUAAUAUAAGAAAGUAUUGAUUGCUGGGAUUAAGGAAUUGAAAAUAAUAAAACAAAUAUAUUAUAUUACAUUGAGAAGGGUUUUAAUAUCUUUUUCAACAUUUUUAGCUAAGACUUUAGAGAAGAAUGGAAAAUUAGAUGAAAUUAUUGAAUGUUGGGAUUAAGGGAUCAAAAUUAAUUGCAAAGAUCCAAAUUUUUAUAUAUAAAUUAGUUAUUUCUUUUGAUUAUGAAUAGUCUAGGCAUUAUAAAAGUAAAAUAGAAUUGAGGAAGUCAUAAUCUAUUGUGAUAAAAUCAUAUCAUUGAAUUAAUAGACUAUGGAAUUUUAUAGCCAUAAAGGUAACUAAAUCUAUUUAUUGAUAGCUUGGGCUUUAAAAAAACUUGGAAAGUAUGAUAAAGUUAUAGAAUGUUGGACUCAAGCAGUAAAAGUUCAUUAAUCUUAUGUACCUUUUUUGGGUUAGCUUGGUAUCUUAACAAUUUAACUAUGUAGCUAAAGCAUUAAAAAUGCAGAAUAGAAUUGAAGAAGCAGUAGAAAUAUUAAAUUAAGGAAUAUUAAAUAAUUUAAACAAUAUUGGCUUUUAUAUUGAAAAAGGUAAAUCGCUUAUGAUAUCUUAAGCAUAAUUCUUAUCUAAAUUGUAGAGAAUCAGUGAAGUAUUAGAAUGUUGGGAUUAUGGGAUUGAAAAUAAUAAACACAAAUGUGAAUUUUAUGAAGAGAAAUGUAAAUUUGCAAAAUUGUGCUUAGCAAAAAUUUUNCUUUGGAACAUUUCGAAAUCAUUCUUUAAUUAAAUCCAAACUUUGUGCAAAUUUAUUUAUGGAAAUGUAACUAGAAUAUUUACAUUAUUUUCAGGUAUUUCUUUAGAAACAUAAAAUUAAUAUCUUAAAGCCUUAUGUUGUUAUGAUUUAGCACUUAAGCUUGAUUCAAAAAAUUCAGAAAUUAUUAAUCAAAAGAGUAAAAAAGAUUAUCAUUUAAAUUUUAAGGAAUUUCACUAUAAGGCUUAAAUAUGUAUAGGAAAGCAAUCUAAAUAUAACGUCUAGCAAUUUAGUUGGGAUAGGAAGAGAAUUUUUUCAUAACAAAAUUUAUGA